UGACGGUGAUAGAGGCCAAGAAAGCAAGAGCUGAGGACCACUGACAGCCCCGCCUCCUGUCCCGGAAGCUGCCACUUCUACCCCAGGCCUUCCCCCCGCGGACACAUGGUCGUGCAGGACAGCACGGAUGCUGGGGACGCCAGAGUGGGUGUGCGGCUAGAGCCCUUCCUGCACCAGGUCGGGGGGCACCUGAGCGUGAUGAAGUACGACGAGCACACCGUGUGCAAGCCCCUCAUCUUCCAGGAGCAGAGGUUCUACGAAUCGCUGCCUCUGGCCAUGAAGCGGUUCACUCCGCAGUACAAGGGCACCAUCACGGUGCACCUCCAAAGAGACAGCCGAGGCCAUCUCAGCCUGGUGGCCACCCCGCUGAAGGAGAACCGGGGGCCCUUCAAGGUCUCCACGGAGUCGGCGGCAGUGGCCAUAUGGCAGACUCUCCAGCAGACCACCGGCAGUACUGGUGGCGCCCACCCCCUCGCCCAGUGGCAGCUGGCUCACUCGCUCGAGGAGAGCCCUGCCACGUCGCUCCUGAGGUCUGACUUCCACCUCAAUGCCCCGGUGUCCUCGCUGGUGGAAGAUGCUAAAGGGAACCAGGCCGAGAGGAGGAGCUUCAACCCGUGGGGCCUGCAGUGCCACCAGGCCCACCUGACCCGCCUGUGCACCGAGUACCCGGAGAACCAGCGGCACCGGUUUCUGUUGCUGGAAAACGUCGUGUCACAGUACAAGCACCCCUGUAUCCUGGACCUGAAGAUGGGAACCCGGCAGCACGGGGAUGACGCGUCCGAAGAGAAGAAGGCCCGCCACGUGAGGAAGUGUGCGCAGAGCACCUCGGCCUGCCUGGGCGUGCGCAUCUGUGGCAUGCAGGUUUAUCAAGUUGAUAAGAAGCACUUUCUCUGCAAAGACAAGUACUAUGGAAGAAAACUCUCCGUCGAGGGCUUCCGACAAGCCCUCCAUCAGUUCCUGCAUGACGGAACCCGCUUCCGGACAGAGCUCCUGGAGCCCAUACAGCGCCGGCUCCAGGCCCUCCUCUCGGUCAUUAGGAGCCAGAGUUCGUACCGGUUCUACUCCAGCUCUCUCCUCAUCAUCUAUGAUGGGCAGGAGCCACCAGAAAGGACCCCAGGGGGCCUGCAUCCUCAGGAGGCUCCACAGACGGCCCACGGCAGCUCUUCCGGAGGUCUCACCAAAGUUGACAUCCGGAUGAUCGACUUUGCUCAUACAACAUACAAAGGCUCCUGGAACGAGCACACCACUUAUGAUGGACCAGAUCCAGGCUAUAUUUUUGGCCUAGAAAACCUCAUCCAGAUCCUGCAGGAUAUUCAAGAGGGAGAAUGAGGCUUGUUGGGCCUAUCCAGAUUUUUCUGGAGUAUAGCUCUCAAAAGGGACCUACUGGUAGCCAAGUUAGUCCAGACACUGUUAGAUGUCUUUGUCAUAAUUAUAUCCACAUUCAAAAGCCACACAUGGCAGGGUAUAUUAAUGGCGGCUACAGAAACCAGCUCUGGAGGUAAGUCCCGUACUCUGGCACCUGCUAAUGCUGGUCUUCGGAGGCUGGACUGUCAGUGUGAAAUGGCACCAUUGUGGAGUACACUGGAGGGCUGCGGCAUGAGGGAGAAGCCAGCAUUACAGUGAGAUUCUGGAGAAUUUGCAUUUAAAAAUGCUUUUUUGUUGUCACGCUGAAGUCUUGGCAAGCUGUGAGGCAAAAAACUCUACUUGAAGAAGACUAGAAGAGUGAGUUCACGAGUGUAUGGUUUUUCUGCUCGCAUGGGCUGCCCAUCCCAAGAGCAGACAGAGCUCAUGAACGACUGUCUCUUAUCUUCCUAAGAGGCAUUUAGGUGGGGCAAGAAGAAGUGGGACAGAUCUGCCCGUCUCACCAGCUUCCUACCCAGGGUCUGAAUGGGCAAGGGCAAUCCAGACACAGCCCUGGCAAAUCAAGACCCCGGGUUCUCCAUUUUGCCCGUGGAGGCAAGGGUCUCUCUUUCUAGACGUCCGAGUACCUAUUGGAAGUGAUGCCUCUGCCCGAUUCUGGCCACAAAACGGCUCUAACCAUGAACUGCAGCUUCUGGUAGGGGUGGACUGUGCAAAAGGAUGAGCCACUGCUGUUAAAUUCUAUUUAUUUAUUUUGGGGGUGGGGUGGGG